CUUGAACAGUUCUUGAAAUCGAAAUCGAAGCUGAUCAACCGCUCAUCAACUCAUCAAGCUCAUCAAAUUCCAAGGGAGUGGAAGCGAAAGUGAGUGAAGCACCACACAUGAAGUAAUGUCCUCAAGAAUACAACGGGAAAUUUCGUUGAUGUCUUCACAAGAGCAUGCCACUGGACCCAGGCUUAGCUAAACGAGUCAGUUCAAACCAUUCUUUGAGAGAAGUUUUAAUGUUAUGUAACUGUAACUAAAAAUGAUUCAUAUUGAUCCGAAGUCAGAACCUGCCGAAGAGAAUAGACCUGACCGUAUAGUAAUAACCAAAGCAAAUGCAUUGUAUACUACAUUUGGCAGUUCAUAUUGCAUGGAACGUUUUUUCAUAAACAGGACAGAUUGCUGGCACAAGUUCACGAUUCUUCAUGGCAGGAUCCAUGACAAGGAGUUCAUUUUGAAACUAAUCAUGGAUAAUGUUUAUCCAGUGGAACUUUUUCCAGUAAUGUAUAAGGAAGAAGGAGAGCACACGUGCUUUCUGGCAAAGAGAUGUGGUUCAGCCAUUGAGAAGCUUUGCCGAUCACGUCUGGUCAUUAACACCCCCAGUGGUCUCCCUGUGGAACUUGAAAUUAUUCUUGCAUUUGCUCACAUCAAUGAUAUCCUUGUCAAUGUACAUGAGAGCAUCAUUAAAGUGAUGAACAAGAGAUUCAACAAAAGCACAAAACAUCUUGAUCUCUCAAACUUCCACAGGGAUCCAGAUUUACGUGAUCUCGUAUUCUGCCCACUAUCACAGGCCACAAUCUUCCAUCAUGUGUUGAAUGCAUUCAAAUCGAAUCUACCACCAGUGAAAUCCCUCAACUUGUCUCACAAUGACAUAUGUUCCCUCAAGUCUCUUGAAGCCAUGUGGCAGCGGCAACAGCCACUUGUGAAAGUGGACCUCAGGCACAACAUGAUAAAACAUGUGAGAGACCUGGAAGUCUUACGACAGCUUCAAGUCACUGAACUCCUACUGGAUCAGAACCCUCUCUGCCAGCAUUUUGAUAGCGAGUAUUCAUAUACCAGUGCAGUCAGGGGAGUCUUACCAUCACUUGUGAAACUAGAUGGUGUAGUGCUGGGCCCACCUAAUGUCCCUCGCAUUAAACGCAACUUUGUGAGACCUCUUGAAGAUACGACCUUGGCAGAUCAGUUUGUCAGACACUUCUUCACCCUGUAUGAUGGUGACAAUCGAAUGAAAUUGGGAGGAAUGUAUCAUGGUGAUGCAUUGUUCUCAUUAUCUUCCACAUAUCUACCUGCACAGAGCACAUCAAGCACAGCCAGGUUGACAGAGUAUACGAUUGAGAGCCGUAAUCUUCUUAAGCUCUCUGACUACUCCAAGGGCUUCAAGUUAUUGCGUCAUGGAGCAGAUGCAAUCUUACCAACAAUCUGCAAGCUUCCUAGAUCAGAACACGAUCCAUAUUCCUUUACAGUAGACCUUAUUCAUUCUGCAUCUAGCAUUGUCAUAUCAGUGACGGGGGUGUUUCGGGAACCUACAAUAAUGAAGUCUCCACUUAUUCGCUCUUUCUGUCGAGUGUUUGUGCUGGUUCAGAUAGGUCCUCGUGAUUACCAAAUAGCGAAUGAAACCAUGCAUGUUAAAAAUGCUACUACAGAAGAGGCUGAGGUGGCAUUCAAGAUACCAAAACCUUCUGUUGGACCAAAAGUGGCUCCAGGCAAAGGACAGAAGUUGAGUGCAUCUGAUAAAGAACAGAUGACUAAAGUUCUGAGUCAUCUGACUGAGAUGAAUGUUAAAUGGUCAAGAAAGUGCCUGGAAGAAUCAAAAUGGAAUGUCAAGAAAGCCCUCACUAUGUUCACAGAACUGUACAAAAUAAGUAAGAUCCCUCCAGAAGCAUUUUCCACCAUGUGAGCAAAACUUUCACCUUACUGGUGUUGCCGUGUGAUACAGAAACUGUUGUUCCCAAAGUUACAUGUGUUAUCUUCACAAAGAGAACAAGGACACCAAGGAACUUGGUUGCAGUAGUGCCAGUGUCUUGUGUCUGCGAGGUGUGCAAGCAUCCAGCCACUGACUGUCCUAAUUGCAGUUGUAUCAUCCUACCAUCUGAUGCUGUAUAUAGUCUGAGAUACUGACGGUGUCAUUAAUCUACUUUCCUUGUAUAAACUAGGAAAUAUAUGUAUGGCAUAACAA